GAGGCCUCAACAGAUCGCCAUUUGUCAAUAUCCAAACUUCAUCUUCCCCAAAUCUUCUUGACUCGCUCCGCUUGCUGCUUCUUCCGCCGCACCGGCCAACGGGAACCAAAAACUAGGGUUUCCGAAAACCGAGCAGGAUGAGAUAGGGUUUUUGAGGUUGUUUUUCCCAAUAAUCCCUUGUUCUUUCCGCUAGGAAUUCAGGAAUGGGAUCGGAGACCGUAACGCUGAUACUGGUAAACCUAGCCGGAAUAAUGGAGAAAGCCGACGAGUCACUCCUCCCCGGCGUUUACAAAGAGGUGGGCUCGGACCUCCACGCCGACCCGACGGGUCUCGGAUCCUUGACCCUCUUCCGUUCCAUAGUGCAGGCAUCGUGCUACCCUCUCGCCGCCUACCUGGCGGCGCGCCACAACCGUGUUCACAUCAUCGCCUACGGCGCCUUCCUAUGGGCCGCCGCCACUUUUUUCGUCGCCUUCUCCUCCACCUUCUACCAGGUGGCAGUGUCAAGAGCCUUGAAUGGGAUUGGGCUUGCAAUAGUUGCGCCUGCAAUUCAGUCCCUUGUAGCUGACUCGACAGAUGACAACAGCCGUGGUAUGGCUUUUGGGUGGUUACAGCUAACCAGCAAUCUUGGAUCAAUUAUCGGUGGACUCUUCUCAUUGUUGAUAGCUCCAGUGACGUUCUAUGGAAUUCCUGGUUGGCGAAUAUCCUUUCAUCUUGUUGGAAUAAUCAGUGUUUUUGUGGGCGUAUUAGUUUACCUUUUUGCCAAUGAUCCUCACUUCUCAGAGGGUGGUGCUAAAUUUAGGAAUCCUAAAAAGUCCUUCCAAUCUGAAGUGAAAGACCUUGUUCGGGAAGCAAAUUCAGUUGUGAAGAUCCCAUCCUUCCAGAUUAUUGUGGCUCAGGGUGUCACUGGUUCAUUUCCCUGGUCAGCUUUGUCAUUUGCCCCGAUGUGGUUGGAACUUGCCGGCUUCUCUCAUGAGAGAACAGCAUUCCUGAUAGGCACCUUUGUAGUUGGUAGUUCGCUUGGGGGACUGUUUGGAGGUUGGAUGGGGGAUAAAUUGUCCAAGGUCUUGCCAAAUACUGGCCGGAUUCUUCUGUCACAGAUAAGCUCAGCAUCAGCUAUUCCUCUUGCAGCAAUACUCCUACUCGCCUUGCCCAAGAAUCCUUCUGCAAUGGCAUUGCAUGCUUUGAUCUUGUUCCUUACAGGUUUCUGCAUAUCUUGGAAUGGUCCUGCUACAAACAAUCCUAUUUUUGCAGAGAUUGUCCCUGAGAAAUCACGAACCAGUAUAUAUGCUUUGGAUAGAUCGCUUGAGUCUGUAUUAUCAUCAUUUGCGCCCCCUGUAGUUGGGAUGUUGGCUCAGCACAUCUAUGGUUACAAACCGGUUCCUGAAGGAUCAGAAGACAUUGCAACAGACAGAGGGAACGCUGUGUCGCUUGCUAGGGCACUGUAUACAGCAAUAGGGAUUCCGAUGGCACUUUGUUGCCUCAUCUAUUAUUUUCUCUACUGUACCUACCCAAGAGACAGGGAACGAGCUCGAAUGGUGGCCUUAGUAGAAUCAGAGAUGCAACAAAUAGAUUUGGAUGGUUGGCCUGGAAGAGGGCAAUAUUCCCAAGUUCAGUACUCUGGAUCAAAUGAGCUUUAUAUGGACAAACAAAUGGACUUUGAAGUAGGCUAUGAAGGGAGAGAGAGUCUCGAAUUUGAUGAUAGCGAUGUAAAUGUGUUACUUUACCCCCAGUUGUCCUUCUCCAAUAUGGGUAAUCCGAUGCCUGACAAGGAGAAGCCUGGCUGAUCUAUCUUGAAACUGUCAUCCACUGAAGCUGCCCGAGGCAUCAGAAAUCCUAAAAGACUGCCUUUUGGUUAAUAUAGAUCGUUUACGAUAUAAAUUACUUGAAGAUGUGCCGGAAUUGGAUACCAACCCACCAUUUCUGAUGUUACUGCUACUGAGCUGGGAGAUCACCCAGGAGGAGGCACAGAAUGCAGGUAACCAGCGCCAAUUGCAGAGGCAUUAAGAUUCUUUUGAGCAAGUGAAUUUAGUUUUUGUCAUCAUAGCUACCAGUAUGCAUUAGAAGAUCCUUACAUUCUUUCUUUAAGGCAUACAAACAUCCAUCCAUACCUGUAAAUUUUUUCCAACCCUCACUCUGCAUUAUGGCAUGCGGGGCUUGAGGAAUGUAUUUGUAAGUUUGUAUCAAGUGUUCAGAAAGAAUAUAUGAAGUGAAAAGAUGGGUAAUUAAUCCAAGUGCUUGGCUUCUAGUUCACCUCUAUUUUUUUUUUGGUGAUCAAAUACAUUGUUGCACCUUCCAUAACGAAGAAUGUAAGUUGUGAGUUCGAUUUUU